AUGGCUACUCGUUGUUGCCGCCAGUCGAUCGAGCCUUCCAGAGCCUGUCAUUCAAGCGGGGCAGAGGCUCCUGUCGACGCCAAGGGAGUGCUGGAACAGGCAGAUGAGCAGAAGAGCAGAUGUGGUAAUAGGGACGGAUUAAUUGUGUUGCCUCAAUUGCGUGGCCUGCGCAAGCGGGGGACUGUCGCUUGUGCCCGGUUCGCCGUCUAUGCAGAAACAAGCUCCGAGAACGACCGGAGAGAUGAGAAGUGUAGAUCUUGUAGACCUUCGGUCUGCCAUUGCUCUGUUCCGGCAGGAUCGAUCAACUGGCAGCCAAUAGAAGCGCGCUUUCGUGAGACGUCACUCCGGUCGACAGACAGACAGACAGACAGACAGACGCAUGUGUCCUCGGAGUCGGUCCGGCCGGGGCAGGUGUACAUGUUGGCCGGACGGGUUCUCUUUAAGGUCCCCGAGGCCAAGGGUGAAGGGGUUGAAUAG